AUGUCUGACCACAAGACUUACUCCUUCAAUCCCGCCCAAGACAUUACUUCUCUUGAUGGCAAAGUCAUCCUCAUCACUGGCGCCAACACAGGCCUCGGAAAAGCUACAGCCCUCGAGCUUGCCACGCACAAUCCAGCCCAUAUCUACAUCACCGCCAGAAACUCUACCAAGGGUAACGUCGCCUUAGAAGAAGUCAAAGGCGUGGCAUCCGAGGGAACUCAAGUUUCACUUUUAGAGUUGGACCUGUCCAGCUUCGACAGCAUCAAAGCUGCGGCCAAAGACUUUCUAGACCGCGAAGCCAGACUUGAUGUCCUCUUGCUCAACGCUGGUGUCAUGGGCGCACCUCCCGUCUUGACCAAAGAUGGCUACGAAAUGCACAUGGGCACCAAUCAUCUCGGCCACGCUCUACUCUUGAAACUGCUCACCCCAGUGCUUGACAAAACACCUGAUGCCCGAGUAGUCCAUCUCUCCUCUGCUGGCUUUCGCCACGUCGGACCCAAUGGUAUCGAAUUCGACACCCUCAAAUCAGCUCCUAGUCCCACACCACUCCCCCUUCGAUACGCACAGAGCAAACUAGCCUGUCUUCUCUACGCACGUGAAGCCGCAAAGCGCUACAAUUUUACCAACAUUGCUAUCAAUCCAGGCGAAGUUCAGACCGAGCUAUUCUCCCGCGAGGCUGGAGACGAAAUGAUGAAACACCUUCAGGAGAAUGUUGUACCCAAAAUGGCCGGCCCUAUCUCGGAAGGGGUAAAGAAUCAUCUGUGGGCAGCUACAUCGACAGAGAUCAAGAAUGGGGAGUUUUAUGAACCUGUUGGAAAGACUGGAGGUCUUGAAGGUGCUGGGUUGGAUGAAGAGAUGGCGAACAAACUUUGGGAUUGGACUGAGGAGCAGUUGGAGGGUCAGGUUCUGUAA